AUGGGUCAACGUAUCGCCAAGCAUCAUAUGCAAUCCGGCGUUAAACUUUAUCAUCAACGAUGUUAUCAGCAAGCUAUUGCUCGUUGGCGAGCUGCUCUUCGACGAAUUACAAAUGCAGAAGAUCGUUUUAUAACACUUGGAUAUAUGGUGCAAGCGUAUUGUGAUACAGGCAAUUAUCAAAAAAUGUUACAAUACGCUUUGCAACAAACGGAACUGGCAAAUAAUCAGCAAGAUGAGCUCAUGAAAAGUGAAGCAUUUUUGAAUCUGGCUAAAGCAUAUGAACGGCUGGCCGAUUUCGGUAGAGCAAUUGGUUAUGCCCGUGCUAGUCUACAGUAUUCAAGCAUAGAUCCGAGAACUCCCGGUCAAGCGCAUCUUGUUGUGGCUUUAUCACAACUUGGAUUCAGUCAAUUUCAAGCAAGCUUAGAAGCAUUUGAAAAAGCGAUGUGUGUCGCAAAUCAGUGUUCUGAUAAAUUAUUGGAAUUGCAAGUAUGUAUUGGACUUGGUAUACUCUUCACAUUGCUCAGGGAUUUCUCGAAAGCGAUUUUAUUUUUGCGAAACGCAUUAGCAAUAUUGGAUGGUGUAACAAUCAAUGAUAUGCAUGCAAAAUAUCGUAGCAUUGUACUUUAUCACUUAUCAGUUGUCCUAAGAAGAAAUGGUUCGUUGAUAAAUGCGAGAGCAAUGUGUGAUGAAGCAUUGAAAUUGGCCCAAGAAACUGGCAAUCGAUCCGUCUAUGCUCGUUGUUUAUGCUCUAUGGCCGAUAUAUGUCGAGAUUUGGGUGAAUCUGAAGCCAAGGAAACUCUCACUAAAAGUUGGUCACGUUACGAAACAGCAUAUCGAAUAAUGCGUCAAACAAAUGAUCGUAUGGGUGAAGUAUUAGUACUUGGUAGUAUGGCUAAAUCAGCUUCGGAAUGUCGUACUCUUUAUACCGGUAGAUGCGAAUGUCAGGCCAUUCAACUUGAUAAAAAAUGCUUAGAAGUAGCUAAAGCGAUCGGAUGUCGAUAUGCAAUGAUGAAAUGUCAUCAGAGGCUGCAAGAUCAUUACAAUCAGCUGAAUGAUGAGGACAGUGAAGAGUCAACCAGAAGGGUGAUAACCUCAUUGGUACAGGAAAUGGAAUUAUUUUGUAAUUUUUGUGGACAACGUUAUGGACUACAUGAUGAUUCAUUGCAAGCACUUCGAUGUUCACAUAUUUUUCAUGAAAGAUGUUUACAAACAUAUUUAGCGGAAUGUACAGAUCCAAAUUGUCCAAAAUGCCAAUGCAAAGCGGUACUAAUGAACAGUGUAUCAGUGAGUACACUCUCCGUUUCAUCCAUGAUCGCUAGUCAACAAUUACCAAAUAUAUUUUCCGAUGAUACACCGAUGCAAUUCACUGAUCGGACAAUAGAAUUGUUCGACACUGCCGGACCGUCUGUGAUCGAAGAACAAGCUUUAGGACAACGAUUACCUGUUUCACUGUCAAUUGCCUCAACGAGCACACAGUUCAAUUCUCCAAAGCAUAAAUCAUCACCGCUGCCAUCAAAGCAAUUUGUUUGUAAGAUCGAUGGUACAUUACCAGUUUCUUCCGUGUUAAACUACUCAGAGGAACAAUUGCGGGAAGGUGAACGGAAAGGUGAAUUAGUAUUGUCACGGAAUCUUACUGUCACUGAUGUAUAG